CAGAUUUAUCCGCACGUGUAGGGAAAUGGGAGCCUACCUGUCCCAACCGAAUACCGACAAGAGCUCCGGAGAGGGGGGAGGCCAUCGCCUCAGUUACGGUUACUCCGCCAUGCAGGGCUGGAGGGUCUCAAUGGAGGAUGCCCACAACUGUAUCCCAGAGCUGGACUCUGAGACUGCCAUGUUCUCUGUAUAUGACGGGCACGGGGGGGAAGAGGUGGCACUGUAUUGUGCCAAGUAUUUGCCAGAGGUGAUAAAGUCCCAGAAGGCAUACAAGGAUGGAAAACUGCAGAAGGCGCUGGAAGAUGCAUUUCUUGCCAUAGAUCAGAAGCUGACUCAGGAAGAGGUGAUCAGGGAGCUGGCUCAGAUGGCUGGUCGUCCCAUCAAUGAACAUGACAGUGGCAAGGAAAAGGUGGCUGAUGAGGAUGAUGUUGAUAAUGAGGAGGCUGCCUUGUUACAUGAGGAGGCCACUAUGACCAUUGAAGAGCUCCUCACUCGCUAUGGACACAACUGUGCCAAGACCCCUCGAGUCAAGGCUGAGGACAAAAAGGCUCCAGAGGAGGAGACCAAAGAAGUCAAUGGAGACUUGGAUUCUAACUCAAUGGGAGGAGACUGCCAGAAAAAGAAUGGCAAGACUGAGGGCAAAGCGACUGCUUCUCUGGGAAUGUCCAGUUCAGAGGAAGCUGGUGGCAGCAGUCCUAAGGCUGGGUCUCUUCGUCCCAAAGUUGUCCCAAUUGCGGAGGCUGUCUCUUCCUCCACAGGGGAGGCUGGACCUUCCUGCUCAUCUUCACCCACAAAACCACAGCCAACAUCCAAGUCCAAAUUCUUUGAGGACAGCGAAGAGUCUGAUGAGGCAGAGGAAGAAGAGGGCAGUGAGGAGUGCAGCGAGGAAGACUAUAGUAGUGAAGCAGCAGAGAAUGAGGAAGAGGAUGAAGAAGACAGUGAGGAUGCAGAGGAGGAUGAAGAAGAGAUGAUGCUUCCUGGCAUGGAAGGCAAAGAGGAGCCUGGCUCAGACAGCGGCACCACUGCAGUUGUUGCAUUAAUCCGAGGGCAACAGCUGAUUGUUGCCAAUGCCGGGGACUCGAGGUGUGUGGUGUCUGAAGGAGGCAAAGCCGUGGAUAUGUCCUAUGACCACAAACCUGAGGAUGAGCUGGAACUGUCACGGAUAAAGAACGCCGGGGGGAAGGUUACAAUGGACGGCAGAGUCAACGGGGGCCUGAACCUUUCUCGUGCAAUUGGUGACCACUUCUACAAGCGGAACAAAAACCUUCCCCCCGAGGAACAGAUGAUCUCUGCACUUCCAGACGUGAAGGUUCUGACACUCGGUGAGGAGCACGAGUUCAUGGUUAUUGCUUGUGAUGGCAUCUGGAAUGUCAUGAGCAGCCAAGAGGUGGUGGAUUUUGUCCAUGAACGGAGAGAAUCACAACUGCAAAAGGGGGAAACUCUGUCUCUAUCUUCCAUAGUAGAGGAGCUGUUGGACCAAUGUCUGGCUCCGGAUACAUCAGGUGACGGCACAGGAUGUGACAACAUGACCUGCAUCAUCAUUGGUUUCCAGCCCGACAGUCCGGCUGGUGGCCCAGAGGUGGGCAAGCGCAAGGUGGAGAAUGCAGAUGAGAGCGAGGAGUGCAGUAACAGCCCCAAGAAGCCAAAGCGGGAAUAGCUGCAGAACUGUGCAGGCCCCGGCCAUGCUCUCACUGAACUUCAACCUCCUGGACUCCAGACUUUUAAGAGUAUUGUUCUUUUUUAAAGCUAGGCUCAGAAUGCCAGUGUACAAGCAGUCAGAUGGGGUGCCCUUGCCCAUUGGAGGGACUGUGGGUUUUCUGAUGUUGGGCACUCAGUGGGUGGGAGGGCAUAUAAGGGUGUCUGUAUUGUUUUGUAGUCAUUCCAUAAGCGGCCUUCCCCCGCAACAACACAACCUGGAUCCCAUGACUUACUGCUCAAAAGCUCAUUUUUAAUCCUUUUUGUUCCUUUCUUUUAUAAUAAAGAAUUGGUGUGUUUGGUCCCACCCAAAGGGUUGCUUUAUCCUGCACUCUGGGGGUACCCUUUGCACUGACCCAGCAGCGAGAUCACAUUGUACAGAAUUACAUGUGGCAGCUGGAGCAUUCCAUUGGCUGCUGAUCUGCACCAGUCGCUAACGCUCUAAUGAUUAGCUAGCAAAUGUCUCGCUCUCUGAGGUACCACUAAGGCUCACCAGUACUGAGACACUCUGGAAAUGAGAGAUUAGGGGGCUCUCUUUUACUGGCUGUGCCCCCCUUGGAGUAGAGCAAGAACAUUGCCCAUCGCCCCUCUCCAUCCAUGUAUUGUAGCUGUGAUAGAAACACAUGGGCCUGACCCGAGGGGCUUCUACUUUGUCUGAUAAGAGGAAGAUUUUUUUAAAUCUGUGGAUGUUUAUUUAAAAGUUGUUUUUUCUUUUCUUUUGUCUGCCAUCAGAAUGUUCUAAAGCCAUGGAUAAAUCUUGUGCAUUUUUCAAUCAACUUAAAUUUGUUUUUCCACACAAAAAACAAACAAAUGAGUAAAAA